UAUAAACAAAGUUGGCGGCAAAAAUGGAGACUGUGGAGAAAAAGGCAACUCCAAACAGCGACGAAAAUACCGAAAAAUAUGAAGAAAUUAUGGAAGAAGACGGAGAAAAUAGUGAGAAAGAAAUACAGACUAGAGGGGAAGAGAAAAAAACACAAGAAGAAGACAAAGACAAAGAAAAUGGCGGGAAUUACAGGAAAAUAUCUAAACUAGAUGACGAAGAAGAUUCCAGAAAAACCCCGUCAGAGGGAGAAGAGGACUACAGGGUCAGGGUUCAGUCCAAAACCACAGUGACCGAUCAGAUCAAUAAAUAUAAAGAAAUACUGAAGAAAGCUCUGGAAGGACAGAAGAACCUGGAAGAGGAGACGAAGAGAGAAAUAAUCACAGAACUCCUGAUGAACUUUGAGGCAGCUGUUCAGGAGAAUGUGUUGGUGAACGGGAAACCUUGGGAGGAAGCACCUGAUGAUGAAGAAAGUGAGGCUAUGGACAUGGAGAGUCUGCUAGAUGACACCAUCGUUGAGACCACCAGGAGGCGCCGUACCUAUCCAAGAAAGAUCCUGCACCAUGUUCUUCAUUCCCAGAGGGCUGAGCGGAAACUGAUGGGGCUGUAUGAGCAGACGGUCAAACCUCAGGAAGUUGUCAAAGAUCCUGAAAGAGAGAACAUCAUGACUGAUUUGUCAUCGUCUGCUCCAGUGAUGGUGAAAGAAGCUAUCCAGGUCAUAAAGUCCAUCAACACUCUGCAGAAACAAGCUGAAGGACUCUGUGAGAUCCUCAACAUGCAGCCCAGCCACACUACCAUGGAGAUUCACAGAGAAGUGUUCGGACAGUCAGAUGCCACCCAGCUUCCUUUGAAUGGAGCAAUGAGGAGCAGACAGCCAAUCAAGAGAACCGUAGAGGAAGCAGUAGAGGCUAACUGUUAUGUUCCCCUCACGGAGAAACUGGCACCAGAGGAUACGAUGGAGUGAUGAUUGAUGCUGGUGUUAUACUAUCACAGAACCAGGGGGAGGGACUGCUGUCUUUAUUUUGUCUCACAGGCUUUAUAAAAGCUUUAAUUAAAGUAAAAAUGCUAAAAAUAUGACUGUUAAUCUCAAACAGAAACCAGCUGUCCUGUCUUGUAGCACAGCUUCUGUUUCUACACCUGUCUUUGGCUGACAGUUUUAUCAGCUCUUUAAAAAAGGAAAAGAUCUCAAACAUGGCUGUUUGGAUUACUCAUGUCAGAAAUAGUGUAAAUGUCAUUGUUUUUUCCAAGUAAAGGUUAUGUGUCUUAUUUACUAACACAAACAGAAUGCAUAAAAGGCUAACAUUAUUCUGUUCUCUGAAACAUAAACCAGCUGUUCCUUUUA